AUGACGCACCGCUCGCGCUCUGGCGGUCCCACCCGCACCCGCAAGUCCAAGAACGGCGGCCGCGUGCGCAAGCUGCACCACCCGCCCGCCCGCAACGCCGACGGCACCAUCAACACUGCUGCCGCCGCUGCUGCCUCGUCCAUUCCCGAGGACGACGAGUCGGGCUCGGACGACGACGACGAGAACGAGGCCGACGCCGCCGGCGAGGCCGAGACCAUCCCCGUUCCGCCCGCGUCGGCAUUUGCGUUGCCCACGGACCCGGACGUUCUGCUCGCCAUCCGCACGGCGCUGAACAACUCGCUCACGUCCGAGACGUUCAACGCCGACGUGCAGACCGUCAAGGGCCUGCUGUUUGAGCGCAAGUGGCUCGAACUGUUCACGGACGCCAAGCUCCUGGACGCGUAUGCGGGCCGGUGGGCGCCGAGCCGCGCGCUGGCGUUCCGCGAGCUGUUGACGAGCUUGAAGGAUGUGAGGGCGCUGUUUGCCGGCGAGGGGGAGGAGGACGGAGACGAGAGCGAGGGUGAGGGUGAGGGUGAGGGUGAGGACGAGGGUGAGGACGAGGGUGAGGUUGAGGUUGAGGCCUGCGCGGCCUCGGCCUCGGCUCGCACCACGCACGUCCUGUCCAUCGGCGGCGGUGCCGGUUCCGAGCUGCUCGCGUUCGCCGCGCUCGCCACGGCCGGCAAGGCGCUCAAGUCGCCGCGCCUGCACUGGGUCGGCGCCGACAUUGGCGACUGGUCCGACGUCCUGACGCGUAUCGACCAUGCGGCCAAGGACCGGUGGGCGUACGAUGCCGAGUUUGAGUUUAUCGAGUGCGACGUGCUGGCCCCGGCCCCUGCUCCCAAGGACGACGACGAGACUUCCCCCACGCCGCUCCCGUUCCUCCGCCACUCGCCCGACCUGACGACCAUCUUCUUCACGCUCACCGAGCUGCUGUCGCAGAACCGCGCGCGCACGCUCGCGCUCCUGCGCUCGCUCACUGCCGCCACUGCGCCCGGCGCCCUCCUCCUCGUCGCCGACAGCGCGAGCGACAUUGCCCAGUUCUCGCUGGGUAAAGACGGCCGCACGUGGCCCGUGUACAUGGUCCUCGACGCGCUGCUCGCUGCCCCCGGCGGCAAGUCGGCCGUGCCCGGCUGGGAACGGAUACGCAAGGAGGACUCCAAGUGGUACCGCCUCCCCGAGGGCGUGGGUGCUGGCUGGCCGUGUAAGCUCGAGAACGCGCGGUACUGGAUGAGGCUGUACCGUCGUGUGUGA